ACUCCUUUAAUGUUGUAGGGGGGAGUGUUGUAUAGCCUGACGGUAUGUUGAUUACAUGUUUGCGACCAUGGUUUUCCCCUCUUAUUGGCUCAUUCUUUCAGGUCUGUCUUUAUACUUUGAAGAUGGUCAUGAUGAUUUGGAUGACUUUGGAUUUGAUGACUAUGGUUCAGAGUGCGAUGGAAUCCGCAUCACAGCCUUCCUCGAUGCGGGGCAAGAUAAUCUGACUCCUCUAGGGAGGCUAGAGAAGUAUGCCUUCAGUGAGAAUGUCUUCAACAGGCAGAUCGUGGCACGCGGCCUGCUUGAUGUGCUUCGAGAGUUCAGUGACAAUGAAAAUGACUUUAUCAGUGUCAUGGAGACAGUUGCCAGAAUGUCAGAAGAUGGAGAGCCCACAGUGCGAGCCGAGCUGAUGGAACAGGUCCCCAAUAUUGCCAUGUUCUUACACGAAAGUCGGCCAAACUUCCCAGCAGCUUUUUCAAGAUACUUGGUCCCUAUUGUGGUUCGAUAUCUCACUGACCCAAAUAAUCAGGUGCGAAAGACCAGUCAGGCAGCCCUACUUGUCUUGCUGGAGCAGGGCCUCAUCUCUAAAGCUGACAUGGAGACCAAAGUUUGUCCGGUGUUGUUGGACCUCACAGAGCCCAGCAGUGACGACGACUACAAAAUUGAAGCAGUUGCUAUCAUGUGUAAGCUGGUCACCAUGCUGAGCAGAGACACAGUGGAGCAUCUGUUACUGUUGCGCUUCUGUGAGCUAUGCAGUGAUGCCAGGCUCUUCCAAGUCCGCAAGGUCUGUGCAGCCAAUUUCGGAGACUUCUGUUCCAUGGUCGGCCAGGAAGCCACAGAGAAACUACUGAUGUCCAAGUUCUUUGACCUGUGCUCAGACAGCCUGUGGGGCAUCAGGAAAGCCUGUGCCGAGUGCUUCAUGAUUGUCUCCAAUUCCACCUCUCCAGAGGUGCGACGAACAAAAUUGUCCCCCCUCUUCAUCAGCCUCAUCAGUGACCAGUCCCGCUGGGUGCGUCAAGCUGCAUUUCAGUCCCUAGGCCGUUUCAUCUCCACCUUUGCCAACCCCUCCAGCACAGGCCUGCACUUCAGAGAGGACGGCACUCUGCUAGAGGGCCCCAGGUGUACAACAGACAGUGAUUCCUCCCUAAACUCCCUGAACUGCUCUGAAAUCAGUGGCUGCCACACAGAAAGAAGCAUCACUCACACACCUCCUAACCAGGAUGGCCGUGCCACACCAUCCCCUGAACACAUGUCGACAUCUGACAGCGAGGAAAUGCACGGCUUUGGUGACAACCCCACACCUGCUCCUGUAGAAAUGCACAAAGGCCCCGCUCAUAUCUCCCCAAACAACAAUGGCAGCCCCACAACCACAGAGAACACCAAGAACACAAAAGAAACAGAGCAGGCAGAUGAGAACUUUAACUCUUUCCACUACUGGAGGCCUCCUUUACCAGACAUUAGUGGGGAACUGGAGAUGCUGAGUUGUCAAGCAACAGGAGAAGUGGUAGAAAAGAAACAAAGUAAAGAGGAGGAGGAGGCGGAGGAGGCGGAGGAGGUAGUGGCUAAAGAUGAAUGUCCUUCCAACCCCGGAAAAGCUACCAGUGACCAGAUCCAAAAGGUCUUGGACUGCCUGCAGCCGCACAUGGAUGACCCCGAUGUACAAGCUCAAGUCCAGGUUCUGUCAGCAGCUCUAAAGGCAGCCCAGCUCGACAGUCCACCUGACAGCAGCCCAGCUCAAACUCCACCAGCGAGCCAACCUGAGAACAAAACUGAAAACCCAUCAGUGGAGACCCAGUCUCCAGAGGUUCAGUCAGAAAUUAAGGCAAGUCCUCCAGAAGAGGAGCAAAGAGUGGAACCUGUUCCAGCCUUGGAGUCAUGCCCUGUCCAGGAGCAAGGAGAGGGAAAGAGCCAGACAGAGCCCCAGGAGGAGCAGGACGAGUCUCCUCCUGACAGCCCCAUUCUAGUACGGGACGAUUCAGACCACAGCAGUGUGGAGUCUGAACUAAUUGAGAGCGUGGAGGAGGAGGGGAAAGGAGACAGUGCUCCCAGCCCAGUGCCUGAGGAGAGGCCCAAGAUCCAGAAUGUGAUCCCCCAGCAGCUGUUGGACCAGUACUUGUCCAUGACAGACCCAGCACGGGCCCAGACAGUGGAUACAGAGAUAGCCAAGCACUGUGCCUUCAGCCUGCCAGGAGUGGCCCUCACUCUUGGACGGCAGAACUGGCACUGCCUCAAGGACACAUAUGAAACCCUUGCAACCGAUGUGCAGUGGAAGGUUCGUCGUACACUAGCCUUCUCCAUCCAUGAGCUGGCAGUCAUCCUGGGGGACCAGCUGACAGCGGCAGACUUGGUGCCCAUCUUCAACGGUUUCCUCAAAGACCUGGAUGAGGUCCGCAUUGGUGUUCUCAAACAUCUCUAUGACUUCCUCAAGCUGCUUCACGCAGACAAGAGGAGGGAGUAUCUGUACCAGCUGCAGGAGUUCAUGGUGACAGACAACAGCCGCAACUGGAGGUUCAGAUACGAGCUGGCAGAGCAGCUAAUUCUCAUCAUAGAGUUGUACAGCCACUACGACGUGUAUGACUACCUCAGACAGAUAGCACUCACACUCUGCUCUGAUAAGGUUUCAGAGGUCAGGUGGAUCUCCUACAAACUGGUGGUGGAGAUCCUCCAGAAGCUGUAUGCAUGUGGAGCUCACGACUUGGGCCUGAACUUCAUCAACGAGCUCAUCGUCAGGUUUUGCCACUGUCCCAAGUGGGUCGGACGACAGGCCUUUGCCUUCAUCUGCCAGGCCAUAGUAGAGGAGGAGUGCAUGCCCAUGGAGCAGUUUGCCCAGCACCUCCUGCCCAGCUUGCUCAGCCUUUCCUCAGACCCCGUGGCCAACGUCCGUGUACUGGUAGCCAAGGCACUACGACAGAGUGUUAUGGAGAAAGCGUACUUUAAGGAGCCUGGCUGCGGCUACUCGGAUGAGCUGGAAGAGACUGUGAUGGCUCUGCAGUCCGACAAGGACCGGGAUGUCCGCUUCUUCGCCAGCCUGGACCCCAACAAAGUCCUGAUGGACACAGCUCCCUUGAUCUAGCCUCAGCUCCCAAGUCCCCUUUCAAGCCCACCUGCCUGUCUACCUGUCUGUCUGCCGACCUGUCUGACUGAGGCACAGUCAGCCAACUGCAUCACCAGCACCCAACCAGAUUUUCCCCAACCACUCGCCUGCUGGACAGACCUGUACCGAGGCACCCAUGACCACUUGAGAAACACAUCCUGACAUGCAGACAUGUUCAGAUGACAAUAUACAAACACAAACAUGAGCAUGCUCACGCACAAACCAGUUUCUGGGUGUGCACGUUACACUCACAGGGCCACACGAAACACUUGUCAGAGUUUUCAGAAAAUGAGCAGGACUCAGAGGUUAGCUGGACCCCACUGUGGUAGCAGCCAUAUUUUCACCUGGUCUUUUCCUCCUCCUCCUCGUCCACACUAGCAACAUCCCCAGACUGGCUCAGUCUUUCCCUCAUCACAGACUUGUAAAACUGUGCAAUGGGCUCACUCUCCAAAGCUAAUUGUAAGCUUCUGAUAUAAAAAAAAUGUUGAAUUUGAUUUUUUUUCUUAUAGCUUCUUUUUGUGGAUUUCUUAACGAACAAGCAGACAAAGCCUGCCUGACUCUGACGUGUGCACUAACUCAGGGGGACUGAUCUGAACCUAAACAGCAUUAGCUUAAAGUGAUCAGGAGCCGACACUGCACCGGUUCCCGGAUCCCUGGUGAAAACUCCAGCUGUCUGAGCGACAUACCAGCAAACCAAGUAGCUCUGCUGGCGUCUCUCGCCUCAUUUCCUCCGAAACGCCUCCGCUUUGUCUCAGAUGUCCUCUGUCUUCUGAGAUGUCCUCUGGGUUAAUGUCUCUUUAUCCCUCUACCCUUCACUCUUUUUUUUCUGUCGCUCUCCACGUUGUCUUCAUGGGCCACUGAAACCACUACUACUGCACAGGAGGGACAGUGACUCUGCCACUCAGCGUUAUCUCUUGAUUAAAACCAUAUCGUGACAUUUCUGAAAGAACACCGUUUGAUUGCUCCCCCCUGCCCCCGUGUGUAUGUGUUUACCAAAAAUGUGACACAAUAUGUCUCCCGAAAGGCAGGAGACCCGUGAAAUACCUCUGUUUUGGACACAACUCUGGCCAGUGUGUCGUAAUAUAGAGGGACGUCCAGGGUUGACCAGGCUUUGAAUGUCCUUGAUUGGUGAUUCAUCUGGGUUGAUGGUGUUGAUUAAAAAAAAAACAUCUUAAACAAGGGCUUAUGAUGAAAUGGCACAGGGUGACAUAAACCUCAGAGAGAAGAGGAAGAUGGCAAGCACACUGUUGGAAUAUAUGCAUGUUUUCCUCUCCAUAACCCCACCACUACCACCUUUUUUUCCCCAUUUGUGUAUAGUCUAUUCCAGUUCCUUUUGGUUGACCUCUAGAUACUGAAUCAUGUGACCAUGGUAGCUUUUCAGUGGAUCUGACUGACCAGUUUUAUACUAGGAUAGAGGAACAGCUGUGUUUGGUUCUACAGUCAGGAGCUGAAGAGACUGAAAGACAACUGAGCGAUUAUUUCCCUGUCUUGGUGAAAUGUUUUAAGUAUGAGGUUUCUCAAAAUGUUGCUUUGUACAGCUUGAACCUGUGGAAACGAUAUUUGUUAAAGGAACCAAGGCCAGUUUAGUAGGGUUAUUUACCUAAUGAGAUGUGUGUGAAUAUAUUGGGAGCAGUCACCAAGUCACUUUUUGUAGUUCAAGAUCUUUUUUUUUU